CGAUUCGAGUGUGCGUAACUUUGUCAUCCAUGAGGCGUUUGCCUCCCUUCGAGCUCCCUCCAGCCUAAUUCUGCCCGCAUCCACACUCUCCGCGCUCGCAUUUCCAACCUUUCGGCGGUGCUUCUCAACGACAAAUGCUCCACGAUGGCCAGCGGCGAGCGAGUCACGCUGACCUACACGCGCAGACCUUCGGGUCCUCUUCACGUCGAUCUCUCACCUUUCACCCCUCCUGUGCGCGUGAAUGAUCCUUCCAGCUCCAAGCCACAACCACUUCCAUUCGUGCUGUAUCUACACGGAGGCAACUUUCUCUCAGGCUCUCGUCACGAUGUUCCUACUUGGCUCGUGCAGCUCUGCAGCGCUAGAGGUUUCCCGCUGCUGUGCGCAGACUACAGGUUAGCUCCUCAUGCGGGUCCGGACGCUGCUUGGUCAGAUGUGCAAGAGCUUUGGACAUUCAUCAGAGAAGAUUUACCCUGGAUCGUCUCGGCUGCUGGAUCUGGCGCAGAGGUGGAGAGCGGAACGAAACCUCUUGAUGAAGCGUGGGAAGAUUUGCAAAGGAGAGGAGGAUUGGACCAUACCAGGUGCAUCAUCUUUGGUGCAGGGGCGGGAGGCUAUCUCGCAGCACUGGGCGGCGCGCUCCUCUCCCCACCCCCCUUGAGCGUAAUCAUGGCCUAUCCCAUUCUGUCGCUUCCCCACGCAGGCUCAGCGCCGACGGCAUCUCUGCACCCAGUCCUGCGUGCAGCGCAGGCUGAAGAUGAAAGGCGCGCCGCUCAUACAUCUCCGGAGCUUCCAGCUCUGCUCGACCAGUCACCUCAUGUCGUAGCUGCCCGCGCAGAGGUCGGCAUGGACAUCCGACGGCCAUGGAGAGGAGAAGCGGAGGGUCUCAGACGCGUGGGUCUUGCUGAAGCGCUUCUGCAGGCGAACGCGCUCUAUCCUGCUCUGCGUCAUUGGUCUUUGAACGCGCUGAACCCGACCAAAGUAAUCUCUGGCACUUCUCCCAUCGCACACGCUCCCGUCAAUGAGCCGUAUCCCCCCAUCUUCAUCUUCCACGGAUCAGCAGAUGACUUCGUUCCCGUCAACGCGACCAUCGACUUUAUGUCGGCACUACGAGGCUCAAAUUCUGCCGCUGCGGCGCUCGACGAUUUGCUGCCGGACGCAGGCAAAAGCUCGUCGAGCAAAAGGAAGACUCAACAAGGUUCCAUACCUGACGGUCGCGUGGAACCAACUCGUCGCUUUGCCAGCGUCAUUAUGGAGGAUGCAGUUCACGCUUUCGAUGCGCUCUUGACGCACGAAGACACAGCCCACACCGAAUUCAUAUCGCAGCUCGAGCAGUGGCUCGUUCACAAGGUCGAGGACCGCUCAGCUCAAGACGCAUCAGCUGUGGAAUUCAAGGAGAAGCUAUAGAGCAGCUCUCUCGGUAUGCUUCUGGCAUUUUCGGGUGGUUUGCUCCUCGAGCGCAGUCCAUCAUAACUAGCAAUUCGUUCUUGCGCAACAUAUCAGUGCUCUACCAGAAAAUCCUAGCAUUAGCCUUCAAUUUGAACAACAACAACGCUUGCUGUGAAAUGUCCAAAGCUCAUUGAAAUUGCACGUCGCCGUC